UGAGUUGCGGCGUUAUACUGCUAAACCCUAAGUUGUUGGAAAGAAAACAGUUCGAACAGUUGAAGAGUCAGAUCGAUCAGGAAAAGCGAUGGAACCGAUUGCGAGUUUUACAGUUGGAUUAAUUGGUGGUUGUCGCAUUGGUUACCGGGAGUUCAGAAUUUAACUUAAUAGCUAACUGCUCCUGGAAACCAUCUCUUGUAACCUUCGCUUGAAGGAGCGGCUGCGUUUUCCUGAGUACAAUACAUUAAAGCCCCGGUACUAUAAGAUUGAUAUUAAAGACAUGGUUUUCACUCCUCAUCAACACACAUAAGUUUUCUCUUCAUUUUGGACCCCUAUUUUAUACCACAAUGCAACAAGCUUUAGAACUAGCUUUGGAUCGUGCUGAGUAUGUUAUUGAAAGUGCCCGACAGAGACCUCCUAAAAGGAAAUACCUGUCUAGUGGAAGAAAAUCUGUAUUUCAAAAACUUUAUGACUUAUAUAUUGAAGAAUGUGAAAAAGAGCCUGAGGUUAAGCAGAAAUUAAGAAGAAAUGUGAAUCUGUUAGAGAAGCUUGUUAUGCAAGAGACAUUAUCCUGUUUAGUGGUCAACCUAUACCCAGGAAAUGAAGGAUAUUCUCUGAUGCUCAGGGGAAAAAAUGGAUCAGAUUCUGAGACCAUUCGACUGCCUUAUGAAGAAGGGGAAUUGCUUGAAUACUUGGAUGCAGAAGAAUUACCUCCAAUUUUGGUUGAUCUCCUAGAAAAAUCUCAGGUUAAUAUUUUUCAUUGUGGAUGUGUCAUAGCAGAAAUACGUGACUACAGGCAGUCCAGUAAUAUGAAAUCUCCUGGUUACCAAAGUAGGCAUAUUCUCUUACGUCCAACAAUGCAGACUUUAAUCUGUGAUGUGCAUUCAAUAACAAGUGAUAACCAUAAAUGGACCCAGGAAGAUAAACUCUUGCUUGAGAGCCAACUGAUCCUAGCUACAGCUGAACCACUGUGUCUUGAUCCUUCUAUAGCAGUAACCUGUACUGCAAAUAGACUGCUUUAUAACAAGCAAAAGAUGAACACGCGCCCCAUGAAACGGUGUUUCAAGAGGUAUUCCAGGUCGUCUCUGAAUCGGCAGCAGGAUCUCUCUCAUUGUCCACCUCCGCCUCAGCUAAAAUUACUUGAUUUCUUACAAAAAAGGAAGGAAAGAAAAGCAGGUCAACAUUAUGACCUCAAGAUUUCUAAAGCAGGAAAUUGUGUAGAUAUGUGGAAACGGAGUCCCUGUAAUUUGGCCAUACCUUCCGAAGUGGAUGUGGAGAAAUACGCUAAAGUGGAAAAGUCCAUCAAAUCUGAUGACUCACAACCAACAGUCUGGCCAGCCCAUGAUGUAAAAGAUGAUUAUGUAUUUGAAUGUGAAGCUGGCAAUCAGUAUCAGAAAACAAAGCUGACCAUUUUGCAGUCACUUGGUGAUCCACUUUACUAUGGCAAAAUACAGCCAUGUAAAGAAGAUGAAGAAAAUGACAGCCAGAUGUCUCCAUCCCACUCCUCCACAGAUGACCAUUCAAAUUGGUUUAUUAUUGGAUCAAAGACUGACGCUGAGAGGGUAGUCAAUCAGUACCAGGAGUUGGUCCAGAAUGAAGCCAAAUGUCCAGUCAAAAUGUCACACAGUUCCAGUGGCUCAGCCAGCUUAAGUCAGCUUUCUCCAGGGAAAGAAACAGAACAGCCCGAGACUGUGUCAGUUCAGUCUUCAGUUUUGGGGAAGGGAGUAAAACACCGACCUCCACCCAUCAAACUCCCCUCAAGCUCAGGAAAUAGUUCUUCAGGUAACUAUUUUACACCGCAACAGGCCAGCAGCUUUCUUAAAUCUCCAACUCCUCCUCCUGCUUCCAAGCCACCAAGUCUUUCUCGGAAGUCAUCUGUCGAUCUCAAUCAAGUCAGCAUGCUUUCUCCAGCUGCCUUGUCACCUGCCAGUUCAUCACAAAGAUCUGGAACUCCUAAGCCAUCUACUCCUACACCAACCCCUUCAUCGACCCCACACCCUCCUGAUGCUCAGAGCUCAACUCCUAUUACCCCUUCAGCCACCCCUACUCCCCAAGAUUCAGGCUUCACCCCUCAGCCCACUUUGUUAACUCAGUUUGCUCAGCAGCAAAGGUCUCUGAGCCAGGCAAUGCCUGUAACGACCAUUCCUCUUUCCACCAUGGUAACAUCCAUAACUACAGGAACCACGGCCACCCAGGUCAUGGCAAACUCUGCUGGACUUAACUUCAUCAAUGUAGUGGGCUCUGUUUGUGGAGCCCAGGCUUUGAUGAGUGGUUCAAACCCUAUGCUGGGCUGUAACACUGGUGCCAUAACUCCUGCAGGAAUAAACCUGAGUGGCCUUCUACCCUCAGGAGGUCUGCUACCAAAUGCAUUGCCCGGUGCAAUGCAGGCAGCUUCUCAAGCAGGUGUUCCAUUUGGUUUAAAAAAUACUUCAAAUCUCAGGCCCUUAAAUCUACUCCAGCUUCCAGGUGGUUCACUCAUUUUUAACACUCUGCAGCAGCAGCAACAGCAGCUUUCUCAGUUUACGCCACAGCAGCCUCAGCAGCCCCAGCAGCCCCAGCAGCCCACCACUUCCAGUCCUCAGCAGCCAGGAGAGCAGGGUUCUGAACAAGGUUCUACCAGUCAAGAACAGGCCUUAUCUGCUCAGCACGCUGCUGUUAUUAACCUUGCUGGAGUAGGAAGUUUCAUGCAGUCACAGGCAGCUGUGUUGUCUCAGCUUGGCUCUGCCGAGAACAGACCUGAGCAAAGCCUUCCUCAGCAGAGAUUCCAGCUCUCCUCUGCCUUUCAACAGCAGCAGCAACAGAUACAACAGUUGCGAUUCUUGCAGCAUCAAAUGGCUAUGGCAGCAGCAGCAGCACAAACAGCUCAGCUACAUCGUCAUCGGCAUACAGGCAGCCAGUCAAAAAGUAAAAUGAAGAGAGGCACGCCAACCACUCCAAAAUUCUGAGUCUUGCUUUUUUUUCUUUUUUAAAACCAUUAAGAGCAUUGAAUCAAAAGGAUUCUGAGUUUCUACUUCAUUUUUUGGUUUUGUUUUUUUAAAUGUCAGUAUUUUACAUUGCUAGAUGUACAAACUUUAUACAGAAGCACAACCCUAGCAUUUUUAAGUAAAAACAGGGAGAUGGUUUAAUGAACCAUUAGGGUUGGUUUGCCUAAGUUACUGCUUUUUAAAAAUGGUUUCACUGUACAUAAUACAUGUGGAAGUGACCUAAGAAAUACUAGAAACAUCUUUCAGAAGAAUGUAGUUUGAUAUUUAUUUAGUAUAAAAGGUUUGUGCACAGUGUAACAAAUACAGUUUUUACAAAUCCGUUUUGAAAA